UUAUCUCUGCCAAUGUCUUCUGUUAAUGUUCUGUUUUAACCCAACCAGUCUUAUAUUAUUGUUUCUGCUUAAUUCUCUCUUUACCCAUGAUGAAGACUUUUAACAUAAACAGUCAUGUCAUUUUGGUCCUAUGCAUAAUGAGUUUAGGUGUUUGGUGCUAUGGGGAAGAAGAUUAUAAUGGUGCAGUUCCAAUGGAGGAAGGUGAGAAAACAGCUCUAUACUCUGCCAUUCAAGGCUUUGUAGGUAAUUGGUGGAAUGGCUCAGAUCUCUAUCCGGAUCCUUGUGGGUGGACUCCUGUUCAGGGAGUCUCCUGUGAUCUAUUUGAUGGGCUUUGGUAUGUCACUGCUUUAAGCAUUGGACCCAUUCUGGACAAUUAUCUUGAUUGUGCUCCAAUUGUGGAGUUUAGACCACAAUUGUUUGAGCUCAAGCACCUAAAGUCUCUAACUUUCUUCAGUUGCUUUGUGUCUCCCCACGAACAUCCAAUCAUUAUCCCUAGCAAGAACUGGGAAAAACUUGCAGGCAACUUGGAAACAUUAGAGUUUCGAUCAAACCCUGGUCUCAUUGGAAAAGUUCCAUCAAGCUUUGGUAGCCUAAUUAGGCUCCAGUCUUUAGUACUACUAGAAAAUGGAUUGACUGGUGAAUUACCAAGAAAUGUUGGUAACUUGACCAAGUUGAAGAGGCUAGUCCUUGCUGCAAACUGGUUUUAUGGGAGGAUUCCAGAUAAUUUCGGUGGGUUAAAUGAGCUAUUAAUCUUGGAUUUAAGUAGGAAUUUACUAUCUGGGUCUCUGCCUUUGACUCUUGGGGGUCUCAAUUCACUUUUAAAACUUGAUUUGAGCAACAAUCAGCUUGUAGGCAGCCUGCCAACAGUGAUGUGUUACAUGAAGAAUUUGACACUUUUAGACCUGAGAAACAACAGCUUUUCUGGUGGAUUGACCAAGUCACUGCAAGAGAUGUAUUCUUUGGAAGAAAUGGCCUUGUCUAACAACCCGAUUGGAGGAGACCUUCAGGGCCUAGAGUGGCAUAGCCUACAGAAUUUGGUGGUCCUGGACCUCUCCAAUAUGGGCUUAACAGGUGAGAUUCCCGAGUCCAUUGCUGAAUUGAAGAGGCUGAGAUUUUUGGGUCUUAGAGGCAACAGGCUCACAGGAAAUCUCUCCCCAAAGCUAGCAACUUUGCCAUGUGUUAGUGCACUCUACCUGGAUGGAAACAAUCUGACAGGAGAGCUCAAGUUUUCUGGAUGGUUUUAUGGGAAAAUGGGUAGGCGUUUUGGGGCUUGGAAUAAUCCAAAUCUGUGUUACCCGGUUGGGUUAAUGUCAACGGGCCAUGCUCCAUAUGGGGUGAAACCAUGCCAGCAAGAGGUCUCCUUAGUUGAAGCCAGCACAAAUUCCAUGUUAGGUGAUGGCAAUUUUAAUCAGAAUUCCCGUUUAAUGGCCUCUUUGGGAUUCCCAAGCUACGUCAUUGAUGGGUUUUGGAGGUUUUAUUUAGUACAGGUAUUUAUGAUGGUUCAACUGCUGAAUUGUUUCAUAUAGGCCCAAGUUUGUGAUGAUGCUAAGCCUAGAAAGUAAACCUUUUAAAUGUAACCGAAGUACAUUAGUUU